GGCGGGCUCCAGUUCCGCUUCCGGUGCGGCGGAUCGCGGGUCGGUGCCGGUUCCGUUGCCAGGGUGAGGGGCCGCAUCGCGCUGCCGCGGGUGGGACCGGGGCUUGCGGGCAACACCGCUGCGGCCUCGGUCGCCGUGGGGGCCGGAGCUGAAGUCUCCAUGCGCGGUAGCACGGAGCAUUCCCGUGCCGGUGGUGCGGGGGCCGCGCGCGGCGCUUCGGGGUGAACGCGUCUGUCCUGGCCCUGGAACGUCCGCGGCACACCGGGGCCUGCAGUGCCGCGGGGCCUCCGCUGUCGUCGUGUCACCUCCGGGACAGCUCGGACGGGACAGGACUCCAGGCGGGGACCCGCGGCCGUCCCUGAUUGCUCCGUUCCCGCUCCGUGCUGCAGCGUGUCUCUCCCCUCCCGCGGGUUGGGUUUGUCGUGCCCACGUUUUACGUUGCCGAGUGAAAUACCCAGGAACGUAGAGGUGUGCUGUCUCUCGCCCAGAUCUCCCAAGAAGAGCACUUUUUCUGCCCCUGUGCCCUUUUAACUGUAGGCUCUUGGUGGCCCGCGGGGCUCUGACAAUGUCAUCCAUCUGACGAUCAGAUUUUUCAGGAAAUAACACUGAACAUAUGCUUCAAGGAUGUCUCUUUCUCUUAUAAUAAAAUGGGGUGGACAGGAGUAUACGAUAACCUCACUAUCAGAAGAGGACACCGUGUUGGAUCUGAAGCAAUCUCUUAAAGGCCUUACUGGAGUGUUACCAGAGCGCCAAAAAUUACUUGGACUUAAAAUGAAAGGGAAACCUGCGGAUGAUGAUGUUAAGCUUGGAGCUCUCAAGUUAAAACCAAAUACUAAAAUCAUGAUGAUGGGCACUCGUGAAGAGAGUUUGGAAGACGUUCUUGGGCCACCUCCUGAUAACGAUGAUGUCAUCAAUGACUUUGAUAUUGAAGAGGAAGUUGUGGAAGUAGAAAACAGGGAAGAAAAUCUACUAAAAAUUUCUCGCAGAGUUAAAGAAUACAAAGUGGAAAUUCUGAAUCCUCCCAGGGAAGGAAAAAAGCUGCUGGUGCUAGACGUUGAUUAUACGCUAUUUGACCACAGAUCUUGUGCUGAAACUGGGGUAGAACUGAUGAGGCCAUACCUUCACGAGUUCCUGACAUCUGCAUAUGAGGAUUAUGAUAUUGUAAUUUGGUCUGCUACUAAUAUGAAGUGGAUUGAAGCAAAAAUGAAAGAGCUUGGUGUGAGCACUAAUGCAAACUACAAGAUAACCUUUAUGUUGGACAGUGCUGCCAUGAUAACAGUGCACACUCCUCGAAGAGGACUGAUAGAUGUGAAGCCUCUUGGUGUUAUCUGGGGAAAAUUUUCAGAAUAUUACAGCAAAAAGAACACUAUUAUGUUUGAUGAUAUUGGCCGAAACUUCCUAAUGAAUCCACAAAAUGGACUCAAGAUAAGGCCUUUUAUGAAAGCACAUUUAAAUCGGGAUAAAGACAAGGAGCUUCUAAAGCUCACUCAGUACCUCAAAGAAAUUGCAAAGUUAGAUGACUUCUUGGAGCUGAAUCAUAAACACUGGGAAAGGUAUCUUUCAAAGAAACAAGGACAAUAACAGUAACAAAAAUGUUUAGCACUGAAUCAAAGGGAACUGAACUCAGAUCAUUGGACUUUUCCUUGCUUAUACGCUAGAGUAUAAUAGUGCUGGACACUGGAUACAAUGCCAGAACGACUGCUAUACUUGGUCUUCCAGUUGGAUGGUUGUGGGUUAUUUUUAGUUGUUUUGUUUCAUGGUGGGUUUUUUGUUUGUUUGUUUUCUCCUAAAGAUCACAGCAAUAAGCUCAAAGUGGGAGAAACAAGUCAGUUACUAUUUCCUAACAUUCAGUUCUACAGUGUUACUACAAAUACUUUCCUCUCCUUUUCUGCUGAAUUACAACCAUAACCGUUAAAGACCAAAACCAUUCUGAAACUAGAAAAAAAGAAAUUAGACCAAAAAAGUUGAGUAAGGAGCCAAUUUUGACAGUGUAUGAAUUGUAUAAGCCCUCUAUUCCCUCCAUCUUUAGAAACAGUCUCCCUCACCCAGUCCUGUAUUUAAAUCUAUAAAUUACAAGUUGUCUAAGUUUGGUAUGUAUUAGUAUGUCAGUGUUUCUCUGUGCAAGACAGUAAGAUGGGAAGGUACCACCUCUGUGGCCAGUUUCUCCCAAUAUGUGAACUUGUACUAUAAAGCAGUGUUUACUGGAAAACAGAAGACUGAAAUUUGAGGGAGAUAAUCCCACUCCUGCCUGGUAACUGAAAAGCAGUCCGCCUGAAAAAUUCUCAUACAUCUGACAAAGGGUUUAGACCUCAGAUGGGAAAGUCGCAUCCCUAACAAAGCAUGAACUCAACCCUUGUUCUCUUCUAGCUCAGUCUUGUCAAAGUGCAAACACUGUGUUUAAAUACAAUAUCCAGCCAUACUGUUCUUAAAACGUCAUUUACUUGCGCUGCUUAUGCCUGCACUAUAGAAGUGUGAUGUGACUGCUGUUUGGCAUUACCAACACUUGUGCAUUACGCAGUUCAUGUAUUUGAAAGAAGUCUGACCCUUUCAAAUAAAAAUGGUAUAUAUUGUUCUUAAGGAACUAUAGCAGUUGUGUAAAUAAUAAAUACCUUUUUCAUAA